UUUACAUUCAGAUUAAGAUUUAGAACAUAUAUGUGGAUUAGUUUUGAUUGACAAUGCAUAACUUUAACUAUUACCUUUUAUAUUUUGAAGGUUUAAGUUUUGCGACAACCGCCAGGGAGGCUGAUCAGCAUCUUGCAUCAUGCAGGUAGACGGAAGUUAUCAUAACUGAUUGUUAAAGUCAGCUGCAAUAUUCAGAGUCCUUCUAAUGAGCCAUAAAGAGAAAACAUGAAGAGAGAUAGUGACCACAGAAAUGAAGAGGAAGACAGUGGUCACCAGGCAGCUGGAGAACUCCAGACACCCCAGUAUGAUGUACCGGUGGACAAAGGCUGGGCCUGGGUCGUACUGUUCGGUACUUUCACCAUAGCCGUAUUUGUCAUUGGAGGAAUUAAAUCCUUUGGAGUUUUACUGGUGGAGUUUUCCAAAGUGUACAAAAGUCCUCAGAGUCAGUUGACCACCAUUCAGUCCAUCACAGGCUUCUUCUUCCUAUCUCUCAGUCCCUUCUCUAACUGGCUGUGUGAGCGCUUUACUCAUCAGAAAGUUAUAUUUUUUGGAGGCCUACUGACAAGUUCUGGAUUAAUUCUUAGCUUCCUAGCUCCAUCAAUAGAAGUCAUGUACUUCACUUAUGGAGUUCUUACAGGUUUUGGGUUUGGUCUUUCAUUUCCGCCAAGUGUCGUAAUUGCAACUCGUCACUUCAACAAAAGAAGAGGAGUAGCCAAUGGCAUUAACAUGGCAGGAGCAGCAGUGGGGGGCAUAUGUAUGCCUAUCCUGAUGCAGAUGCUGAUUGACAACUUUGGUCUUAAGGGCUGCAUGCUGAUUUUAGGGGGAACAAUGGCAAAUAUCUGUCCCUGUGCCUUACUUCUUAGGCCAACACAUCAAUAUCCAAGACUGAAAAAAGAGGAAGAGAUGGAGAAAGUAGAUCCAGAUGGAGGUGCAAAGGAAGACUGGAUGAAUGUGGUUACAAGGAAAAAUUUUAUAGAGAUCACAGUUUCAGAGAGUAAUGAAAAAUUCAAUGAACAGAAAGACCACAUUGGAAAUGGAAUGGGAAAAAUGGAUCUCGAUGCAACAACAUGCCUGAUAGACAAAUCUGAGAGCAAAACACAGUCUCCAUAUGUGAACAGACGACAACACAAGACAUCAGAGAGCAAUUCCAUAUCUGCCAGCUUAACGGCAUUGUCUACUAUAUCACUAUCACAUCAAAAUAUUCCUCGGGAAAUAUCUAUAGCAGAAGACACAGAUAAAAAGUGCUGUGAAUUUUUCAGAAACUUAAACUUCAGCCUCUUCAAAAACUUUUCAUUCACCCUACUUAUGAUUUCGUUUUUCUUUACAGCCUAUAGCUAUCACUCUAUUUUUCUCAUACUUCCAUCCUAUGGAAUUGAGCAAGGCCUGACUCAGCACCAAAGUAUGUCCUUUAUUCCCGCCUUCGGCAUUGUAGAUGUCAUAGGUCGCCUGAUAGCUGGUAUCAUCAACGAUAAGUGCAUCUUAUGGAGAAAAUACAUUUUUAUUUUCUACAUAUUACUUCAUGGAAUAGGAUACAUUCUUGUACCACUUUUUCACAGUUUCUGGGACAUCAUGAUAUGGUGCACAGCUUUUGGGAUUUUUACGGGUGGAUUCAAUGGGACUUUUGUUCUUAUGAUAGUGGACUGUGUUGGUAUAGACCUGUUAUCCAGUGGUUGGGGAUUUGCCUGUUUAAUUGUGUCUAUAUCAAUGCUUAUCAACCCAGUGCUAUCAGGUGGUAUGAAGGAUGUGUCCGGUACCUGGUCGACGUCCAUCUUUGUCUCCGCCUCUUUUGCGUUGUUUUCUGUCACCCUCCUGAUAACAGAGGCCGUCUUUGCCAGAGUACAGAAAAAGAGGAGAAACAAAGAGGAAAGUUGUUAAGAUUGAAAUUAGUUUCAAAACUUGCCAACAAUUUUUUGCUUAUUUAUCAGUUAUUGUGAUUUAUUAGGACUUCAUAACUAGCCAGAGUGGUGCUCUUUUUUUCUUUGAUCUUGGAUUAACACAGAGGGUAUAUAAUAUUCUAUUCCCUUUUGUGUUAACUCAGUGAUAUAUGUGUUGUCUAUUUUUAUUAUGUUGUUUUUGUUAGUGAGCUUUGGGUGCUUUGGUUGAUAGAUUGUUGUUGAAUGUAUAAUGGGGCUAAUCUCAGGCUUGUUAAAACUAUAUCAAAUUAUAUUUUGUAUGGGUUUUUUCUUUUAUAAAGUUGCGAAUUUGAAUCUCAUUCAUAUUGAACAAAAGUAUGUUAUUUUUAAAUUCCUCCACAC